AUGCCUACAGAAGCAAAUCUACUCAAGAGUGUUUUUAACGUCUUUGAUGUAACAUUCAGAUAUGAGUUUUUCACGAUUGGAUCUGUUCUUAGUGAUUUAUUAAAUAACACCGGUGACAGUAGAACUGAUUUAUUCAAGAAGGUAGAUUUUUAUGUGUUUAUCAUCAUUGCAUUAUUUACUGCUACUGGUUUAUUAGCUACGAAUUUCUAUGUUAGAGGAAUUGCUUUACCUAUACCUGGUGGAAUGUUAUUAUAUGAAUUCAUUUUCGUAAUAAUUUAUAGAUUUAAAGGUUUUGAAUUAAAUCAAAGUGGAAAUGCUGGCGAUUUAGAAACUUUCUUUAAAAUUUUUGGAGAAAAUUUUAAAGAAUUCAGUUUAGACGAAGAUAAUUAUCCACAACCCCCUUCAAUUAUUACAAUAUUAGAUAUUGAUUCACUGCAAAAUUCUACUAGAAGAUAUGCUGAUUAUGCUAUAUAUUGUACGUUUAUUUUUAUCUUUGCAUUAUCUAAUAGAUUGGUUUCUAUAGAUAGAACAUUGGUGUUUUUAGCUUUAGCAGUGAUUAGUUUUAAAUUAAGUUUUAAAGGGGUGAUUGAUCAAGAACUUUUUAUCUUUAAAUUACAAGACAAGGAUAUUUAUUAUCUUAUAACAUGUGCUGUAUUAUUUAUUUUAUCUUGCUUUGUAAAGCUUGUUAGAGAUAUAUUAGUUAACUUUAUUUCAGCUGCUUUUUAUAGCAUCUUUCUUAGUUUAAUAAUUGUUUCUUUUUAUUACAGACAGAAUCCGGCAGAAGCAAUCGAAAGAAUAUUUAAAGAAGGAAAGGAUUCUAACGAAUCUUUUAUUCCUUAUUUAAUAUUCUUUGGAUGUUUUAUUGGCUAUUUGUUGUUUAUAUUUAUUACUUGGAAAUUGUUUUGGAAGAAGAAAACUAUUGUAAAGCAACAAUAA